GAAUUCAAAGAAUUUAAAGAAAUUGAAACUUUCUGAAGAAAGCCGUGUUAAAAUCACAAACUUUAUAAGUUUACAAAAACCUACACAAACCUCAGCGGAUAUAGCUGCCUACCUUACAACAGUGCAAUAUAAAAGCCUGAAAAUUCCUCCAUACGAGCAACACUUUGCCUUUACUAGUGAACACAAAAUGGUCGUAGAAGAAACUCAAUACCACAGUAUUUCCAAUAAAGAAAACAUUGACAACGCCGUCAUGGAUUACUCAAAAAUUGGACGCACAGUCAAGUCAGCAUUGCUGAAAGCCCAAGCUGAAUCCCGUGUCAUUGUGGGGCUCAGUGCAGCCAUUAAAGUCUUAUCGAAUGCACCCGAAGGUUCACUCUUCUGUUUGAUGGCUGUACCAGAAGACGGUGACUCUGCCAUGCACAUGCAUGAGGUGCUACUCGAAGCCUUCUGCUAUGAGAACGACAUUUACGUCAUCAAAGUCGACAGCGCAGCCAAAUUAAGCCGCAUCUUGGGUAAAACAGAUAUGGAAUCAUGCUGUCUUGUACAGAAAAGCUGGUCUGGUGAUGAUCAGCACGAAGAACAACUCAACAAAUCAGAAAAUCUAUUAGUUGACUAUUGUGAAGCAUUUUGGGAUUCACCACAGCAUCCCAUUGUUGAGCUACCAAACGUGUGAAUUUGUGUGUGUGUGUGUGUGCAGUAAGCAAUUUUGAACAAAAUCCCUACUGAGAGGGUAAAAAUGGUUUAAAAAUAAUGAAAUACGUCCACGGUGUCUGGAUAAUGCCGACAUUUGCUGAAUGUUGAUAUAAUAACAAACAAAUUUUGGAUAAUAAUGGAGUAACCCUAAUUUAAGUUAUCUACUUAAUACUUAACAAUUAACGGGAAUAUUCAAGUUGCAAGUAUUCCAAAACUUAUGUAUGUAUGUAAGACUAUCUAUCACAAGCUUACAUUUAAGUUAAAAUUUUAAUUUAAAUAAAAUUGUUGAAAACGA